AUGAGUCCAAUACUUAACUCAAAAAAUCGAUCAUUCAGCUCCGGUUCAACUUCAAAGGCAUUACUUUCCCGACCUUAUCCUUUGCUGACUUCAACGCCUGUUACAAAAGGAGGACACAAGUUUUCUUCAGUCAGUGAUUCAGAUUCAAUAAACCACAGCCUCAUUGUGGAUGAAGCUGCAAACUGCAAUGAACGGUCCCCAAACAAAUAUUUUCUACUGGAUGACUAUCCAGUGAAAACCUUCAAAAGCAUACCACCCACCUUACCGGUUCGUGUGGGGAAAGAACAGUUCGAAGAAGCGAACUGUCGCAAACGCUCGAAUCAGCAACAGUCACCUGCAAUGUCACAUUGUACUGAUCUUGAAGAAGGACCCUUUAAUAAAACCCGAUGCAAAAUAUCCACUAAUACGAGUUGUGACCCCCUUGAAGUUGUGCGCGACCCAAAAUGGUCGGCCAUUUUCACCGACCAACGCCUCCAUCAACAGUGGGCGCAACUUCAAGAUAUCAUGCAAUAUUUCCAGCUCCCCAGACAGUUCAAACCAGCAACUUGCAGCCAACCACUCGUUACAAACAAAAACUCAUAUUCCGCAGGCAAAAAGAACAAAAUAAUGUUUGCGAAACUGGCACAACUGCCCAUGCUCAAUCAGAAGCCAUUCUUCAUAAAUAGUCUAACAAAGGACUCUACCUCGUUUGGCACGAAUCAACUAGGCGGUUCUGUUGUGAGCAAAUCACUCCAGCGACAACUCUGUCCACAUGGUCAACGGAAAGGGCUUCAUGCAUAUGUCAAGUACGCGAAUCACCGCAGUCCCAUGGUGAAAACGGGGAAUAAACAACUAAAGCAGUUGUUGGACAAUACGAAAAAUGAUGAAAACUCCAUAAACAAUCGCAAAGAACAGGGUGGAACGGACGAGAAGAAUGAGAGCCAUUUUUUGUCUUCAUUGCCAAAGCGAACUCGCAAAGAAGAGCCAUUUUCACACCAAAUGGAGCAAAACUCCUCUAUUUCCGACCAAAAGAGGCUGAUUGGGUCCCCGGGAACCAAUGAAGUCCCGAUUGAUCUCAGAUCCACUGUGACGACAAACUCAGCAGCAGACAUAUUUGUCGCUUCUCUGGAACAUUUAGCCACUCCAAUGGGAGAUUUGCGAAUUCCUUAUCCUCCUCCGUUACUACCGUGGUCACUCAAGUCCAACUCAGUUGCCUUAUUACAGGCCCAUCUCAAAUGGUUACAAAAGCAAAUGGCCCGUUUUCAAAAAUUGCACGUGCCUUCAAACAGUAAGUCACUCUACCUUCUUAAUAUGCUUGAUCUGUUGUCUGAAUGUUACUGUUUUCAGUGA